AUGGAAGGAGGAGCGAGCGGCAGCGCAGGAGCGGCGGCGGCGGAGUGCUCGCACGUCCACUGUGCUAGGGGCGGGCGGACGGGCUCCGCAGUGGUACAACCCCUGGUGGACCAGUUGGUUAGGGCCGACCCCAAGAUCGCCGGUCCCGCGAUCAAGAGGACUCUGAAGACCGUGGGGUUUACCGUCUCCGACCGGCAAUCACAACGCGCGAAGAAGCGCAUCUCGACCGCGUCUAAGGAGGAUGAAGCGGGUGCCAUUUCGCGUCUUCCAUCCCUUCCUUUUCGAAGGGAUCGAGCCCGAUUGCCCGGGUUCGGUCGCCACCGUCGAGGAUAGUUCUGUGGGUUCUGUGACACCUCCUGUACCCUACAGAAUAGUUCUGUGGAUUCUGUAGCAAUCUCGUACAAUACAGAAUUGUUCUGUGAGAUUCUGUAGAAUGCCAGGUGUGACGUCAGGUCCGCGCACAAAGGGGAAGUUAUACACAUGUAUAUUUAUAUAUAUAUAUAUUUUGCCUUCGGACAAUUGCAGAUGUACCUCAGAAAACUUUCACUUAAUGUCUCANUUUUUGCCUUCCGACAAUUGCAGAUGUACCUCAGAAAACUUUCACUUAAUGUCUCAUCCUCUACAUGAAUAUUAAACCAAUACGAAGUACAACAACAACGCAUGUAGGACUUAUUUCUACUGUCACUUACAUCGUAAAAAAUAUCUAUCUCCUUUUAAACUUGAAAUAAAACCAGUGACAAUCCUCAUGGUAUCCUAUAUGCGUUCGUAAGCUUGCUAAAAUACUACUGCGUUGAUGUCCUCUUGUAAAAGCUGAAAUCCAACAAAUGCUUUGAUCCAUGCUACAUCUCUGUGUUGGAAAAGCCCUUUCUUCUCCGUUCAUGAUAACCCUUACCCUAUUCUACGCAAAUCUGUCACAUCUACUCUCAAACAAGACGCCAACUUCAAACGAAAACGUGUUGUACGAUGCGUCUACACUCCAUCCCCAUAUCAUUGGCGUUGACUGGUUCGAGGUCGAUCUUGUUCGCCUGUUCGUCUUGACGCCCGCGCAAUGCGAGCUUGUACGUCUGCACUCGCCGAGAUAUGGCCACCUGUGUAGCCACCGAAACGAUCUGAAGAAGUCGUUCCUUGAAGACUCCUUUCAGAGCCAUCGCUCCUCCGUCCCUNCGCCAACUUCAAACGAAAACGCGUUCUACGAUGCGUCUACACUCCAUCCCCAUAUCAUUGGCGUUGACUGGUUCGAGGUCGAUCUUGUUCGCCUGUUCGUCUUGACGCCCGCGCAAUGCGAGCUUGUACCUCUGCACUCGCCGAGAUAUGGCCACCUGUGUAGCCACCGAAACGAUCUGAAGAAGUCGUUCCUUGAAGACUCCUUUCAGAGCCAUCGUUCCUCCGUCCCUUCCUCCCACGGCAUGUGUCGCAAGUUCAUCGAUGAACUCGUAACCCUCCUACUCUUCAAGGCGGCCAAAGCUUUCCACGGCUAAGGUGGUUUCUUUCCCCCGUGAACGGUGCCCCGCUUUCAACGUCGUGUUUGACGCGAAGGCCGUUGAGUGCUCUCGAUCGUGCGUAUUUUAACGGCUCGUGCAUGUUGACCUGUGCUUCAUCCCUUGGACAG